UGCCUUUGGAGCCCGCGCGAAGCGGGCGGUGGGGCCCCAUGGCCGGUGGGCUGCUCGUUACGCUGUACGAGUACUCGCCGCUCUUCUACAUCGCCGUGGUGUUCGUCUGCUUCCUCGUCACUAGCGGCCUCGUGCUGGGAUGAAUCGUGGAACGGUUUGGGUUGGAAGGGACUUCAAAGCCCAUCCAGUUCGAACCCCUCUGCCAUGGGCAGGGACACCUCCCACUGGAUCCGGUGCCUCAAAGUCUCAUCCAACCUGGCUUUCAACACCUCCAGGGAUGGGGCAGCCACAGCUUCUCUGGGCGACCUGGGCCAGGGCCUCACCGCCUUCAGCAUGAAGAAUUCCUUCCUAAUAUGUAAUGUUUGGUUUGGGUGUUCCCGUUAUUCUGCGAAACUCGGAAGAGACUGAAUCCAGCACAAGAGUGUUGAAAAAGGAGAUGAGACAAGUGAAGAAUCCUUUUGGGUUAGAAAUCCCUCAUCCUGCUGCAGCUUCAGUAACAAAGGGCGUAACACUGACACCCGAUUGUCUGGAAGACUGCAUUCUUACGUGCUACUGGGGCUGCAGCAUUCAAAAACUCCACAAAGCGUUGCAGAAACACGUCUACUGCUUCCGAAUAAAGACUCCUCAGGCAUUGGAGGACGCUCUGUACAGCGAAUACCUCUAUCGACAACAGUACUUCAUUAAAAAAAAUGACAAGGAAGAGAAAUAUUGUCAGUUACCAGAAGAUGCUCAAGUUGUCGAUUUUGGCCCAGUGCCUAGAUCUCGCUACCCGUUGGUAGCGUUGUUGACGUUGGCUGAUGAAGAAGACAGAGAAAUAUAUGAUAUUAUUGCGAUGUUGACUGUAAUUCACAUUCCUGACGAGAGCUACAGACUUUCCUGCAGAAUAUUAUAUCGGUACCUGCUUCUAGCGCAAGGUCAAUACCAUGAUCUUAAGCAACUCUUCAUGUCUGCAAAUAGCACCGCGCCCUCUCCAAACGAUACAUCCCCCAGUGAGAGAAGCACUGACAGGAGCUUGUUGGAAAAGGCGGGACUGGCUGAAGAUGAACCAGAAUUGCCCGAAGAAACCAGUAAAGACUGUGUAGUUUGCCAGAAUGGCACAGUGAACUGGGUCCUCCUGCCCUGCCGGCACGCGUGCCUCUGCGAUGGCUGCAUUAAAUAUUUCCAGCAGUGUCCGAUGUGCAGGCAGUUUGUUCAAGAAUCUUUUCCACUUUGCAGUAAAAAGGAGCAAGAUGAAGAUGAAUCGCCCCAUAUCUUGCAAGAUGUUCUUCCUGGAAGAGUUUUUUAAUGGGAAGAGGGGAAAGGAACAGAAGAACUGAGUGGAAUGUGCUGCGAUUAAACGUAGAAAACAGACUGUUUAUGGCAGGAUGUGUAGCAUUCACUUGUAUGGGUUUGCUUUUUGUUGUUAGGUAAUUUUCAGCUCCCUUAUUUUUCUUCGCUCCAUAUGCUCACAGGAACACUACGUUUAUCCAUGCAGUGUGGACAGAAGUAGCGCGUAGGAUAUCUCCGAAGGAUGUGAUUUUAUUUAUAGCUCCUUACUACUUUUUCAUGGAGUGCUCUUGGAGGCGGUUUCGAUUACUAAAUUUAGUGUAUCUGCUAAAAUAAAACAGUGAAGUUGCACACAGCUUGUUCUAUAUUUAUUGUAUUUAAAAUACUAGAGCGAUAGAGUGCUUUAACUCUGUAUAAUUUAGAAAGGUAGCACUUUACGGAAUGUAUUGAAUGAAGGAAAGUAAAUAUUCUUCAUU